CCGCUCAGACUCCACGGGCGGUCCCCUGCCUCCCUCGUUGUCGUCCAGGGGGCCGCAAUCCUGGAGAGUUUUAGAGACGCUCACACCUCCCAGCCUUGGAGCCAGGACCCAUGCUGUUUUCACCGGCCUGUGGGGGCGUGUUUCUGCCCGGACUGAGCUCUCUCCAGGAUUGAACGUAGCGGGGGUCCAGCGGGCCGUGGAGCCAGGCACUCGGGCCUCACUCCUCCAGCCACCUUCAGCCCUGAGCCCACGGUCUGCUGGCCUCGUGUCCCCUUUGUCUCGGGUGUCAGGAAGCAGAUCUGAUGUGUGGAAAUAAACACAUCCCCAAAACCAGGUGGCUGCAGGCUCUGCCCCGGCCAGUCAUCACAGCAGAAAUGUCCGGAAAGGAGAACAAUUUCCCGCCGCUGCCCAAGUUCAUCCCCCUGAAGCCGUGCUUCUACCAGAACUUCUCCGACGAAAUCCCCAUCGAGCACCAGGUCCUGGUGAAGAGGAUCUACCGGCUGUGGCUGUUCUACUGCGCCACCCUGGGCGUCAACCUCGUCGCCUGCCUGGCCUGGUGGAUCGGUGGCGGCUCGGGAGCCAACUUCGGCCUGGCCUUGGUCUGGCUGCUGCUCUUCUCCCCCUGCAGCUACGUGUGCUGGUUCCGGCCCGCGUACAAGGCCUUCCGAGCCGACAGCUCCUUUAACUUCAUGGCGUUUUUCUUCAUCUUUGGAGCCCAGUUUGUUCUGACCGUCAUCCAGGCAGUCGGCUUCUCCGGGUGGGGUGCAUGUGGUUGGCUGUAUUCGCUUCUGGGCUCUGUUCUGUCCGAUUGACCUGUCCGUCGAUUCUGCCACCGCCACUGCGCUCUCUGAUUCCUGCAGCUGUGUAGUGAGU